AUGCCUUCCCUGGUUCUCUCACAGACCCACCACAGAUCUGCCCCUAAUGACCGCGAGGACCCCCUUGCUGCAGCACUUCGCCCGCCGCCAAACGAAUCAGAGGAUGACAGGGCAGUGAGGCUGCAGGCGGAGGAAGCCGCUCGCAUCCGGUCAGAAAAGAUCGACGAGGAAAUCAAUCAGGAGAGGCUGGCGCUCAAGAAAGGCCCCAAGCCCGUGAAGCUGCUCUUGCUCGGGCAAAGCGAGUCAGGCAAAUCGACGACGCUGAAGAACUUUCAACUUCUGGCAUCUCCAAAGGCGUUUAAGGCCGAGCGUGCAGUUUGGCGCUCUGUAAUCCAACUGAACGUCGUUCGCUCCAUCCACCUUAUCCUCGACAUAAUCUCCCAAGCCCAGGCCCUCCAGCAAGAUCCUCGCCACGGCCAGACCGACCUCCCGCUGCUUACACCCGAUCAUCUGAGACUGAAGAUGAGGCUGAGUCCGCUGUUGAGGGUGGAGGAGCAGCUGGUGAAGAAAUUGAGCGCGAACGCACCGGCGAGCGAUUCGUUCUCGACUGCGCCGUUUCCGAAUGGGAGAAGGUUCCGUUCGCGCUCCGUGAACGUCGCACGGGAGAUGUCUGUCAACUCGAAUUCCUGGACGGGAUGGAAGGGGAAGUUCAAAGACUUUGUGAGCACGAAUGGGAAGACGGUCGGUGAGGACGGGAUUGAUUGGGGAGAUCCGGACGAUCCGGGGAGAGUGAUCCAUCUAUGUGGAGAGGAUAUGAUCAAGUUGUGGACAGAUCCGGUGGUUAGGGAGCUUUUGGAGGCGUGGAAGGUGAGGUUGCAGGAGAUGAGCGGAUUCUUUCUGGAUGAGUUGGAGAGGGUGGCGGAGGAGAGGUAUGUACCUACGGAUGAUGAUAUCAUGAGGGCGAGGAUUAAGACGUUGGGUGUGUCGGAGCAUCGGUUUGCGCUUGCGUCCAACAAUGUUCUCGGUCGAGAUUGGCUGGUUUACGAUGUUGGUGGGCAUCGGUCAUGUGUGACGGCAUGGGUGCCGUUCUUCGACGAUAUGGAUGCCAUCAUCUUCCUGGCCCCAAUCAGCUGUUUCGACCAGGUUUUGGAGGAAGACGAGAAUGUCAACAGACUGGAGGAUUCGGUUUUGCUCUGGAAGAUGGUGGUGGCGAACCCGCUGCUGAACAAGACGAAUUUGAUAUUGUUCUUGAAUAAGUGCGAUAUCAUGAAGGAGAAGCUCGCGAGCGGGGUCAGGUUUGGGAGGUUUAUUACGAGCUAUGGGGAUAGGCUGAAUGAUUUUGAGGCGACGAGUGCUUACCUCAGGAGAAAGUUUGCAUCGAUAUUCAAGGAGUUCUCUCAGAAUCCGAGGCCUUUCUACUGUCAUUUCACGUGUGUGACGGACACCAAGGCGACUUCGAUGAUCCUUGUCGACGUCACGGAUGUUGUGCUCAGGGAUAACCUGGACAAGACGGCGCUUAUCAUCUAG